AUGCGCUUUCUUAUUCUUUCUUUCCUUGCCUUCUCGGUCGUGAUGGGAUACCCCUACUACCAAGCACCAGCAGAUCCAUACUACCAGUCGAACUACCAGCAAAACUACCAGCCAAUCAAACUCUGGUAUACACCACAAACCUACCAAAUUGGAACUGGAGUUGUCCCUUCAACAGCUGGAAAUCAAAACCCAUAUAACCCGUAUUAUCCUUACUAUCCAUACGAUUGGAGCAAUUACAACUCAGACUUUUACAAUCCUUAUAACAAUUGA